GAAUUAAGUGAAUAAACACAAGCGACGUUGCGCGGUUGAUAGCAAGAGCGGCAGACAGAUCCGAGAAGAGAAGAAAAAGGGAUAUCCAGUAGGACUAAUUAGUUGGGUUGCCCCGAAAGCGUGGACAAGGCUGUAAACCAGAUAAAACAUGGCGGAUGCUGACCUGGACUUUACAACAGGUGAUGCUGGUGCCUCUGCUACCUACCCCAUGCAAUGCUCUGCCCUGCGAAAAAAUGGUUUUGUGGUGCUAAAAGGUCGACCAUGCAAGAUUGUGGAAAUGUCCACAUCUAAGACCGGCAAACAUGGACAUGCCAAGGUUCACAUGGUGGGCAUUGACAUCUUCUCUGGCAAAAAGUAUGAGGACAUCUGUCCCUCAACCCACAAUAUGGAUGUCCCUAACAUCAAAAGAAUGGACUACCAGCUUAUCGGCAUACAGGAUGGUUAUCUGUCUCUGCUCCAGGACAGCGGUGAGGUCAGAGAAGACCUAAAAAUGCCAGAAGGAGACCUGGGCAAAGAGAUAGAAAGCAAGUUUGAUGCCGGUGAGGAAAUCCUGAUCACUGUCCUGUCUGCAAUGAAUGAGGAGGCUGCAGUAGCUAUCAAAGCCAUGGCUAAAUAAAAUACAGCAGAUCAUCUGCGGUGGCGCUUCCACAAUGAGGAGCAAGCGUUUGUGUGUGCAUGGUUGCCAGAUUGCUUAAGAUAAGCAAAACACCGGGAAGAAAAUGUAUCUAUGUAACAGUGAAGCUCUGAUUCUGGGAUUUGAGCUCUUGAUAUCUGGCAACCGUACUCAUGAAAGUUCGCGUAGUAGAGGGGUGUAGAGCAGUCUGCAUUAACAAAAUUUAAAAUAUAUAUAUAUCUUCAUGGAACAUGAUCUUUACCUAAGAUCCUAAUGAUUUUUUUUUUUUGGCUAUUGCUAAAAAUAUAACCCAGCGACUUGAAUGGUUUUGUGGUCCAGGGUCACAUAUUAUUAUUAUUUUUUUUUAUCUUUGUCUAGAUGGAAUCAGUAAUCAGUCCAGGAUGUUUAAUAAUGUAUAUACAAAAGGGUUUUAAACAAGGAUUUAUAAUGGAAACCCACUUUACAUAGAAUACUUUGCUGUCUGCACACAGGCACUUUUGUGUAACACAGAUGUAUGACUGCUGCAGUGUUUGAUGUAUCUGUUAUAUAAAAGCAGUGACUAAGAUGUAAAUAUAAUUUUUGGGUUUCAUUUUGUAUUUUACUUUACCAGCUUAAAAAAAAAAAAAAAACUAAACAUGCUGUAUUGUAAAAUAACUUCAAGAAGCAGUAUAAACUAUCAUGUGUUAAAAUUACCCAUAUCUGAUGUUCCUCUGAGCUAAUGGGAGAGUCAUUAAGUGAUUGCGUAGUGGCUUAUUGUGCACUUUGACUUUGGGCUUCAAAAAGGAUGGCAUAUAUUCAAGCAAUUAUUUCAGACUCCGUUUAGUAAUGGAGAACCCAAUUAUUUCUAUAGACCCUUGUCUACAUUUAUAUAGAAACUUUGUUUUGGACAGCCAUAUAUUUUUGAUUGAAGAUUUUUUACAAGCUUUUAUCCUA